UUUGGCCAUUUUCCUUUGACCUCUCUUAUCAACAAGGUGUAUCCACCCACAGAACUGUAGCUCACAGAGUAUUUUUUGUUUUUCGCACCAUUCUGUGUAAACUCUAGAGACUUGUGCAUGAAAUUCUCAGGAGAUCAACAGUUGCUUAAAUACUCAAACCAGCCCUUCUGGUACUAACAUCCAUGCCAUAGUUAAAGUCACAGUGAUCAGGUUUUUUUUUUCUCAUUCUGAUGAUUGAUGUGAACAUUAACUGAAGCUCUUGACCUGUAUCUGCGUGAGUUUUUGCACUUGGCUGCUCCCACAUGAUUGGCUGAUUAGAUAACUGCAUGAAUGUGCAGGUGUACAAGUGUUCCUAAUAAAGCGGAUGGUGAGUGUAAUCAUGUAGACAUAACCAUUAUUAUUAUUAUUAUUAUUAUUAUUAUUAUUAUUAUUGUUACUACCCCUCCCCCAGUCCUCUCUGUGAACGUGCUGCUGAGUGAUGUUCAUUGAGUGUUCAUUUUGUUCCUCAUCACUAACAGAACAGAGGAUAGAGGGAGGAUGGAGAGAGGAAGCGCGCGCGCGCGCACACACACACACACACACACACACACACACACACGUACGUACAAAACCGCGGCUGCAGCAUCAGCACCAGGGAAGACGAAUGGAGCGAUAGAGCGAUAGAGCGAUGCACGCGCACUCCCUUCCCUUCGUUCGGACAGUGAGCGGUGAUGUGAUGUGAACGUGAGGCUCGUGAGCGGUCAUGCAGAACAGCACGGCGGUUCGGUGCGACACCGGAGCCGCGGAGCGCAUCUCCAUCGCCGCUCUGUUCUCCUUCAUGUGCGCUCUCGGCACUGUCCUCAACCUGUUGGUCAUCGGUCUGGUGUUGAGCUUCAAGAAGCUGCGCACAGCGAGCAACGCCUUCAUCGUGAACGGCUGCGCGGCCGACUUGCUCGUGUGCGCCUUGUGGAUGCCGCGCGAGGCGGCUGUGGCGGCGUCAGUGCCUUCCCCGCUCUACGGCGCCGCCCCCCGGGACGCGCUGCUUUUCCUCGGCGCCACCGUAUCGCUCCUGUCGCACUCGCUCAUCGCCGUGAACCGCUACGUGCUGAUCACGAAGCCGCCCGCCGCCUACCACGCGCUCUACCAGCGGAGGCGCGCGCAGGCCAUGAUCGCCGCGUCGUGGCUCGUCGCGUUCGCGUGCCUGCUGCCGCCAUGGCUCGCGGUGGCUCGUCACCCGGCAUUCGCGUGCGGACUGAUGCUGCUGAUGCUGCUCUCCGAGCCCUGGGCCGCCGCCACGCUCGCGCUCACCAUUCUCGGCCAGACCGCGGUUGUGACGUACUGCUACUUCAAGAUCUUCCGGCGCGUGCAGAUCAGCGCUAAGCGCGUGAGCGUGCUGCACUUCCAACUCGUCAACCACCUGCCGUACUCGUUCCCGAGAAAGGACAAACGGCUCGGCGUGCACGUGCUGACCGUGUGCCUGGUGUUCGUGUUGACCACCGAGCCCGUGCUGUGGACCCUGACCGCGGGCCUGUUCGCUCCCGUACCGGCGGCGUUCCGCACGUGCGCCUGGCUCCUCUUCUGCUCCGUCUUCGUGUCCGACCCGUUCCUGUACACGUGGAAGAACGAGGAGUUCAGAAAGGCUUUCAGGUCCGUCCUGAGACGGGACUUCUGGCGAGGCUCCACCGUGGCCGCUGAGCCCGUUACCGUCAGCACCGUUUCUCACGUUUUCCCCCGACAGAACAGCCGCAGGGCGUUUUUAGCAGAGCUGAGCUAAGAGGUGUUUUAAAUAAUGCAGCAUUUAACGCGCCCUCGCUGACUUUCUCUUACAGUGUCCCCCGGUCCGGAUCCCUGCUCCAAAUAUCACCCCCCCCCCCCCCCUUUUUUUUUUAAACUUUAAACUUUUUUUUUUUUUUUUUUUAACAAUCUCAGAAAUCUCGUACUAAACUGGGCCUUUGCUUGACACUAUGGUGGCCCCACCAAGUGUACAUCUUUUCUAAUGUAGCAUAUAUUAACAAAAUGAUUUAAGGUGCAUAAAUGGACCGCAAUUAGGUUUUAAAACUACACUACAAACACCUUUGCGUGUAAUAGAGUUCACACUGCAGAAGGUGUAGCUUGAUGGUAUCACCUCAGAUAUUAGGAAAGGGACACUUUACACUCGAAUAGUGCAGUUUAAAUGAAGCUUAUUCACAUUCACUACAUUCACAUUGCAGAUCUCAGCUCCAUUCCCAUUUACUGUUCACAUCCUAGCUUUAGUUUUAAUAAAAUGGAGGCAACUCUAACAACUGAUCACCUCAUAUUGUUUAUAAAGUUGAUGUGUGUUAGAAACUGCGAAUUUAAAAGAGUGGAAAUCGCAUUGACGGAUCUGUAUCAGAUUUUAAUGCCACAUUUACACUGUCAUGCCUCAUAUAUACACUACCCUUCCUUGUCACUGGGGUGGUAGCCUCAUCUUUUGUAGAUGAAACGUAGAUAUAGUGUACCUUUUUAAAAUGAUUACAUAAAUGGACUGUAAUUAGUUUUUAGUGUGAAGUUAAAAGGUAACAGAUACAUGCUAAAGGUACAGGUAAAGGUGUAAGCUUGAGGGUACCACCCCAGACAAAUAAAAGUAUGGUUUAGUACCUUUCUUCUGACAAUGUAAAAUUCAGUAUAUUGUUGCUGUUCACACUAAUAAAGAAGUCGCCUCAGAGGAACAUUGAUAAAGUCAACUGUAGACCUCAAGAGCCAAAGUUACCCAGGCAUUGCGACUGACAAACCUUUUUAGAAAAAGAAAAAAAAAAAACCUUUCUUUUUAAAAUAAAAAAUAAAUGGAAGUAAAUACUUAAAAUAUAUUUUUAAAUGUAGCAUUUGCUUUGCUCCUUUGAAAUUUUGUGUUAUGUCCCCAACUACUUCAUCUACACGCUUCAUGACAGCACAAACACAUAACUUAGCAUGCUAGCUAGUUACUGAUAUGACCCUAACUCUAAUUAGUUUCCUAAUUAGGUUUGCAGAUAGCAUUCAAAUGAGCAAGAAAACACACUCCGCUACACACACUGCUUCACACUCUUGUCCUUGUGCUGCAAGUGGCUAUCUGAUACACAUCAGCUACACAAUUUCACGUUUUUCCUAUUCUCCCAAACCUGAUCCAGCUCUCUGGCUCAUUACGAAGCCCUCAGGAGUGGAGCUGAAACACACUGAUGGAGGUUGUACACACUCCUGAGUUGUGAGAGAAAGGUGGUGAGGGCGUGUUAAUAAUGGUAUUGAAACACAGCCAUGGAGGGAGGGUCUGCAGAGUUUAUCCUUCUACCUCAUUACUCAGAAACAGGAAAGUGUUUUUUUUUAUUAUUCUGGACAUUUUACAGUGAAUAAAAUGAUUUGUGUGUGUGUUUUUUGGUAAAAUGGAACACUUGUGAAGUAAUACACAGCUCAGAAACAAAACACUUGACUUGAAACAAGACGGCAACAUUGAAUUUUAAGAAAUAUUUGAAUAUCCUGCUGAUGCUGAUCUUUAAAUAAUGAGGUAUGUUUAAGUCUGAUCUCCGUGGAACCGCAAAUCAAAUCAACGUGGCUGGAAGGAAGCUAACAGCAAAAUACCAAUUUUAUGCUAUCAAUGUGAAUUCUGUGGAUUGUUAAUUUUUUCAUAAUUUGUACAAUAAUCAGAGGACAAAGAAUGUCUUGAAUUUUAUUUUGAACCUGAAACUUCACUCUUCAGUUAUUCAUGGGUUCUUUGGGUGGUUAAAGGUUCAAAACCUUCUAGAAGUGUUCACAGGUUUCUAAAUUUCAUUUUUUUAACAGUGUGGGAGAGGUUUUCAUUAAGAAAAAUAUCCACAAAAAUACUUUAAACAAUUGUGAAUCAUGACGUAAAUUUAACAAAAUCACUGGAGUUAUUCUUUUAUAAACCUGAUUUGAUGCAUAAUUUAAAUCCAGAGUUGCAUUUGGUAUGUUAUAAGACGGGAAAUCUUUCAGUUCUGCAGGAAUAUGCUGUGUUUGUGCCAAAUGCAUGCCUUUCAUCGAUGUGUGGAGACUGAGCCAGUGUUUUUCAUAUCGUUUUGUAAGUGCAGUGUUCACUUGUGAGGAUUUUUAGCUAAACGGUUUACACACGGCUGCUGCUUUAUUUCAGUAAAACUGCAUUUGUAUUACAAUAUUGAAAUAAACUGUGGUAAACUGUU